GGCGUAUAAAACGAAGUCACCGCAGUUUCACGCAGCGGUGCAGUGAUGAGGUAGGUAUUACUUUUUUGCAGUGGAGAUACUCAACCUAAAUUUGACACACUGGACCUUUAAUACAAUAAUAAAUGGUAACCACCAUGAAUGAACAGCUAAUGAUGCUUGUUCUUAUCCUUCUGUUGGGCUUAUUUCAGUGAUUAUCCAAUGUAAACAUAAAUGCACUAAACCCAAAGAAUGUAAUAAUACAUACAAAGUACAUUAAAUACUCAACUUUUUAUGUCUUCAUUAAACAUUUUCAGUGGACUCGAUCUAAACCUGACCCACAUCCUCCUCAGCUGUCCCUCAGCUGCAUCGGAACGGACUUGUUUUGAUUUCCUGAGUUAAUUUUUCCGCCUUAUCUCUGUCAUCGGAUCAUUUCCUGUUUCUAACAGCCACAAUUUCCUGUCUCUGUGGAGCACAUUCAGAGAGAUAACUCUUUGCCUGUCUCGCUCUCAUCUACGGUGUCUUUGCUCUCUUUAUUCAGUCAUAUGUAAUCAUGGAGUUACUGUAGUUUAGCCACUUGGAGAUGAUUAAAGCUCGUUUUUGUUUAUUCCUGCCACUCACACAUGCAUCCUUCAGAGAAACCAGGGAAGCAGCGCAGCUUAAAUCAUGAUUAUUUUUGUUUCUUGUUGCUGCUGUGUCUUUCACAAAGUUUUGUGGGGGUUUUUUGAGCAGUAAAAACAAGCUUUUCCUCUGGCUUCCGUCUCACCCCUGCCCACCUCUGCUCCCAUUGUUCCUCUGCCACUGACAGUGAGAGAGAGGGCUGCCCCAGAACAAUGAGCACUUCCUCCCGUGAGGUGGCGUGCUCGACGGCCAGCAAGGAAUCAACACCGAGCACAUGUGAUGGGCCAUUGUGCGUCGCCAAGCCCCGGGUCUUCCUGCGUGAGCCUGUUUCCGAGCUGAAGUCACUGUGUGACCCUGAGCUACGUGUGUGAGUGUGUGUGUGUUAUUACACACAGGUGUUCUCACAUGGACGGACCACACACACACACACACACACAGGCAGGUUUCUUACAUUGACCGUUGUGUCCAUGAAAGACCAGACAUUUUAUUUUGGGGUAUAUCCUCAUUGUGCACUUACUUGGGGUCGCGGUCGUCAAUCAAAUACCAUUCGAAGCAACGUCACAGUCGCAACCUUCGAAAGCAAAGGCGGAAUCGACGAUUUAACCGCGCCCCCAGUGUGACGUCUUGCAGGGCGUGUGUGUGUGGCCCACUAUUAUGUGUGGCGUAACCACACAUAAUAGUGAUUAAAUACGUACGGCGUUCACUAGACCCCGUCACUUUGAAUAGAGUGCUCUCAAAGUGUUACCCAACUACAUUGUGGGUCUGUUGCUUCACUUUGCUUUUGUGCGUCAUAUGUUGAUAAAACCGUCUACUUUCCAAGUAUUUGUGCGAAAACCAGCCAGGGAAUCAAAACACACACCAACGUACUGACCCUAACCUUAACCCAACCAAUGAGACCAAGUUUAAAUGCACAACUAAAUAAAUAAAUAAAACCAGUCGUCACGUGUGCGGCCCAGGGUCACUGUGAUUGCAGAGGUCACAGUGACCCUGGGGCCUAUGAUGGUGCCAGGGGAGUUCGCCCAUUGUCCCCACCUUAGCAGGCCUGCAGCAGCACAGGAAACAGUCAGUGAUGGCAGCCUGCUCCUACCUCCACUCCCACGCUCUUCUCAUUGUUUCCCUGCUGUUGUCUCCUCCUCCUCAGGUAGGUGUCAUAGCAAUUCUCACCAAACCUCGAUCACUAAGUGUGAUCAGAUCCACUGGAGCGUUUCUCACUGUGACACCUGUGCCUCUGGUGGUGUAGACUCAGUGUGUGUUUGAGGUAUUACUCAUGUUGUGGGGACACAGUCACGUUGUCACAGAGUUUUAUAAAUAAACAAUAAACAUCUCCCAUCUUAAUUAGUGCAGUAAACAAAGGUUAUUUGUGACAUUCAUUGAUUGUUGUCUCCCUCUCUUCUCAGCUGCUCAACUGUUAAUGGAGGCAGCCACAUGUGCCACCAUGUUCCCUCAGCACUAUACAUGUGCAUAACAACCACUACUACAGUUUGUCCUUUCUGGUCUGUGAAGGCCACCAUAGUUCCCUGAAGAGCAUGGGAAAGGGAUAGGUCCUUCUUUUCUUUUUACAAUCUGUAAUCUCACCACUAGAUGGCACUACUUACACACUGGACCUGUAAAGACUGUAAAGAAUUAAAAUCAAUCAGUUGUCUUGAUUCGUUUACUUUGUAUACUAAUAAUAUUAAUUUUAAUGUAUUGUUGUUGUUAACAAUACAAUAAUAAUAAUGAUGAUGAUCUAAUAAACAUCAGUUGAUUUAUUUACCUAUUUACCUACGUUUCAUCUGAUGAAACUAAUCUCAUAGUUUCUGUCAUUGGUGCUCAAAAUAAUUUGAAGUUGAAAAAACCCCAAAUUUAUUCAGAAAAAAUGGAGAAUUAAAUGAAGAUAAAAUUAAUAUAAUUAACUAAGACUAAAAUUCGGAACAAUGUUUAUUAUAUUAUAUUAAAUAUUACUAUUAGUAGCGGUAUUGCAAGGCUAUGACGUUGUUGCACAGACAGACAGAGUAACACUGCCACCCUCUGGUGAAUCGCAUGUACUGCACACACUUGUUUUGCUCACCAACAGGAGGAUUACGGUGCGCGCGCAUGACAACUCGGCGUGCGUCGUGUGAAAUGAUGGAUGCAGUGAAAUGUGUGUGUGCGUGAUUUGGAUUCAACUCUGUGGGUGGACGCGCAUUCUUCAGCUGCACGCACGCACGUAAGAGUGUGUUGUUCCGUGGACCUCUCACUCUCUCUCAGUGAAGAUGACGGCUAACAGCAGGUACAGGAGUCGCGCGCAGCCCCGUGCAGAUGAUGGAGAGGAAAAGGAGUAUGUUGGUUUUGCGACGUUGCCCAACCAGGUGCACAAGAAGUCUGUGAAAAAAGGAUUUGACUUCACCCUCAUGGUGGCAGGUGAGUCCGGUCUGGGUAAAUCCACCCUGGUAAACAGCCUGUUCCUCACCAAUCUGCACAAAGACCGAAAACUGCUCAAUGCUGAAGAACGGAUCAGUCAGACAGUUGAGAUCACAAAGCUCACCGUGGACAUCGAGGAGAAGGGGGUAAAGCUGAAACUGACCAUUGUGGACACGGUGGGUUUUGGAGACGCGGUCAACAACACUGAGUGCUGGACGUCCGUCACAGACUAUAUCAACCAGCAGUUUGAACAGUACUUCAGAGACGAGAGUGGACUGAACAGAAAGAACAUCCAGGACAGCAGGGUGCACUGCUGCCUCUAUUUCAUCCCUCCGUUUGGACACGGGCUUCGUCCAGUGGAUGUAGAGUUCAUGAAGGCCCUACAGGACAAGGUGAACGUGGUUCCUCUCAUCUCAAAAGCAGACUGCCUCACUCCCACCGAGAUAAAGAAACUCAAGGAGCAGCUAAGAGAGGAAAUUGAUAAAUAUGGAAUAAAGAUCUACCAGUUUCCCGACUGUGACUCUGAUGAAGAUGAAGAGUUCAAGCGGCAAGAUAAAGAGCUGAAGGAGAGCUCGCCGUUUGCAGUGAUCGGCAGUAACACUGUGGUAGAAGUCCGAGGCCAGAGGGUGAGAGGGAGGCUCUACCCGUGGGGCAUUGUGGAGGUUGAAAACCCAACCCACUGCGACUUUGUGAAGCUGAGGACUAUGCUGAUCAGAAGCCACAUGCACGACCUAAAGGACAUCACCAAUGACUGUCACUAUGAGAACUACAGAGCUCAGAUCAUCCAGACCAUGACCAGUAAGAUGAAUGCAGAUAAGCGAGUGGAGAGCCCCAUCCUACCACUGUCCACAUCUGGCGUGGAGACAGAGAAACUCAUCAAAAUGAAAGAUGAAGAACUGAAGAGGAUGCAGCAGAUGCUUCAGAAGAUGCAGCAGCAGAUGCACGAGCAGGACUUGUGACCCCUGACCUCUCGCUUACAUCUGUGACCAUGCAUUUUAGGGAGGCAGCACAGAUUUAAACCAUCACAAAUACAAUAUUUCUCCCAACACUUGUCAGAAAUAAACUGUGGACAAACAACUAAA